AUGCUACCCAGAAUCAUCUUUUGCUUUGCAGUUGUUAUAGCCAUUGCGGUGGUUGUCCUAUUGGCCUUGCUCUCACCGGUAAGCCACAGAAGUUCAUCAAAGAACCCUUCCAGACCUUGGCUGGCCCUCUCCAUGUACAUUCAACACCCACACAUCUCAAGGUCUAGUGUCCAACCUGUUGCCCAGUCAGAUGCCGGAGCCUUCGUCUUUCACCGUGCCCUCACGGAGGGACCGAAGAACACGUCUCGAAUAGUCGGGAAAGCCCAAGGCUUCAUUAUUCCGAUUGAACAUUUCGCCGAUUCCGCAUUCAACAUAAUUUAUCUCACUUUCGAAACACCCAAGCUCAAUGGGAGCCUGAGUAUCCAGGCCAAUAAUGUGGAACACGAGGAUAGGCAAGAACUAACAGUGGUUGGAGGAACAGGUUAUUUUGCAUUUGCACGUGGGCUUGCAGUGUUCAUGCAGACUAAAUCCCAAUCAUCUGAAGCUGAUCCCACUUAUCAUGUAAAGCUUCAGCUUAGAUUUCCCAAUAGAUCUCAGACCAUUCCAGGGUGAGGCAGCAAAAGUAGAACCAUCUGUUGGGCAUGAUCCUUGUUUUAAAAGAUCCAAAUUUACAAUGAUAAAUUUUGAACUGCCUAAAUUAAACAAAACCCAGCAUAAGGAAGAUGAUUUCCAAGUCCAAGAUCUGGUAAAAAGGACAUGAACCAGGAUUCAAAAUGCUUAAUAGUUGAGGAAUGGUUGCAGCCCGUGGAAACGGAAGUUAGGCUUUAGAGUUAAUUUUAUUUUAUGGAGUUUGAGUUUUGAUACAAUUAAUAUUUCCAGUUAUUGGAUUGGUUAGAGUUUGCAGUGUAAUUAAUACGAAAUUAUAGUGUUUAAAUAAUAAAAGAAGCAAAAGCUAAUUAUGUGUUUUUAAAAA